CCGCCCGCCUCCGCCCCAGUCCCUCGGCUCUGCGGCCACCCGGCACUAAGAGCAGCCCGGGCGGCGGCGCGAAGGUCCUCGCCAUGUCUGCGGCCAUGAGACAGAGGUUCGACCGGUUUCUGCAGGAGAAGAACUGCAUGACCGACCUUUUGGCCAAGCUCGAGGGCAGGACCGGCGUGAACCGGAGAUACAUCGCGCUCGGUGUCAUCGGGCUGUUGGCUUUGUACCUGGUGUUCGGUUAUGGAGCCUCGCUCCUCUGCAACUUGAUAGGAUUUGGCUACCCAGCCUACGUCUCAAAGGAAUAUGGAUUUUUGGAAAUACUGAACAGCAUAAAACCCUUUUCCACGUCACCAGAGUUCUCCCGAAAAAUGCGAGUUCAUCUAUUUAGCAAGGAUCAAAUCCAGCCGCACUGCAGGCACGGUGGCAGCACUUCAGCUGCACCGUGGACUAAGGUGGACACGCUCUCCUUUCUCUUCAGUGAACCGUCUCCCGAGAGAAAGCCUACAGAAAAUACUGGAAAUGCUGUCGGAGAACAUGGCCGAGGCAGUGCCAUCCCAGAGCAGUGGUGGCAGUGUGUGUUGUCAGGAUGCCUGCUGCCUGUGCCAUUUCCAUGGUUACCAUGCAGCCUGUGUUGUCAGGAUGCCUGCUGCCUGUCCCGUUACCAUGGUCACCAUGCAGGCUCUCUUUCUGUGCAGUGCGGCUUCCUGUUGUGGUGCAUGGCCCCAAGCCCUUCUAACGGGGCCGAACUGCUGUACAAGCGCAUCAUCCAACCUGUCUUCCUGAAGCAUGAGUCCCAGGUGGACACUAUGGUGAAUGACUUGAAGGACAAAGCCAAAGAGACUGUAGAUACCAUCACUAAAGAAGCCAAGAAAGCAGCAGUGAAUUUACUUGGUGAAGAAAAGAAGAGCACCUAAACCACUGACUGGAUGAAACCUUUCUGCCCUCAUUGUACCUUCCUAUUAGCGCUUGGUGUUAUAUUAGGGACUGUGGUAUAAUCAUUUUAAUAAUGUUGCCUUGGAAACAUUUUUGAUAUAUUAAAAAGAGGAAUGUGUUGUUUUUUUUUUUUUUUUUGCUUACUUUGAUUGUCUAUAUACACAGGGAGCACUUAAAUUUAAUGCAAUGGGCAGUGUCCAAAUUUUUGGAAAAUAUAUUUUGCCUCUGGGUGGGAAAUGUUACCAUCCUGCAGGAAAUGCAAACUUAAAAUUAUAUAUCCCAUAGGCUUUGUACUUCAGCAGGCUCUCUCUGCAUGCAUUUUCUCUGUACUUACAUUUUAAGAUAAUCUUUAAGGUUCUACUUCAUGUAAUGUACAAUUUUGUAUUAAAUGUUUUUAAUGUAUUUGUGCAUACAUAUAUGUAGGGAAAUGUUACUGUCUGUGACAUGUAUAAUGCUCAUAGGGAGCACCUGCCAAAAGCUAAAGGUUUCAUUGUGCUGGUGUGAUCUGUUAAGGCUUCAGAAAAUUAAUGCUGACAUUUCCAUGAAUAGUUAAGUGAUCAGUGAGGUUGAAUGGGGGCUGGCCUGGUUUUUCUAACACUGCAGCAGCUGAAUACCAGAGUAGCUCUGUAAAGCAGUCACUUUAGUGAUAAAUGGGGAAAGGUACCCACACACCAGUAAUACACAGCUCCCACAUCCCUGUAGAACCAGUAAUAUUGUCUUGUGGCCUUUUAAAAAAUUGUUUAUAAGCUUUAGAUAUGUCUGUUUUUAAGAUGCUAUAAUGGAAACCAUCCCUGGUUUCUCCUUCAGAGCUGAGUAACAUGUUGGUUUAGUCUUGUUUUUUCACCUAGUCUUUUUUUUUUUUAACCAGUUUAAGGAAUCUCUAGACUUGCCCACCUUUGAUUACAUGUAUGUUCUCGUUUGUAUCAUUAGCAGUUACAUGCUAAUGAUGACACCAGGCUCUAAGAACAAUUCUGGGAGAAUGAAGGAUGAUAUAACCUAUUAUCUAGUUGGCAGUGAAAGCAAACUGCCUUCACCUUCUUUCUCUGGUGUUUAAGGUCAAACGCAAGAGGCCUUCCCAGUUUACAAGUCAGAAUCAUUUGUGGUCUAUUUAAAUGCCUUCAUCUUUAUAUUUCAUUUUGAUAAACUGCAGAUAACUACAUAGUUUAAGUACAGAACAAAAAGUUAAAAUUAAGGUUUCCAGCUUGAUUAGCCUGCUUAUAGGAAGCUCGACAGCUCGUCUGAACGAGAAAACCCGAGCUUCACACCAACCAUACUGCUAGGAUCCUUCCGAAUUAGAUUACACUGACUAAAACAAAACUGAGUGUAACAAAAUGAAAACAAGUUUAAAUAUCCAGCCUGUAAAAUACCUUUUAAGGGAAAAAGAGAGGAUUAGUGUCUUUUGGAUAACAGUUAAGACCAUAAUGAAAUCUCAUGAUGUAAACAAUAUCAAAGAUAUCCAGAAUUAGGGACACUAUCACCUAAAUUUAUUUUUUUUCCUGGCGAAACCAUGGUAAUCAUAAGGCAUCUUAUUAAAAUUCAAGAAAAAAACUUUUAGAAAACAAGCAAUUAAUGGUUAUUGGGAGAAAAUCAAGCCUUAGAUUAAAAAAAAAAAAGUACCUCUAGGCGUAUUUAAAUCCGUUUCCCCAUAGUAAAUUACACUUUUCUUGGUGGCAGAAGAAUGAAAAUCAGCAACUUCUAUCAUACAGAAUAUAUAAAAUCAGAUUGUUAGUAUACAGAAUAUAUAACUUUCAGUAUACAAAAUAUCAGGCAAGAUGGGGAAACAUAAAUGCUACUAUUGCUCAUAACUACUUACAGGCUGAUAUCAGUUUAAAAACUACUAUAGAAAGAAAAUAUAUUCUGAAUGCAACUUUUUUUGUCCUUUUAGCUUUUUCCUGUAGUGCAUUCUGUAAGAAAUAUAAGUUACUAUUUUUGGCAGUCAAGGUGUACAUGUUAAUGACAGGAGAAGUUAAUGAGUGAGUUGAGCAGUUCUGUCUCAGUUUAGAUUUCCCAAAGAACAUAUUGCCAUGGCUAGAGUAUUUGGAAAACUAAUUGAGCCAGUGUCUAGCUAGAAGACAAGCAUUUAUUUGUAUAUGAAUGGUGAUUUAGGGGUAAGUCAAGUCAAAGAAUCUCCACAAUUCUCCCCUUACUUGAAAGCUUUCAGACCAACAGUUACCGCUACUCUGGGGAGAGGCUUCUAUCCACAGCCUGAAGAGAAUGAGCAUAGCUCUUAAAUAGGUUACCGCCCAUCCUGAAGAUGUGAUAUAUUACAUGGAAAUGGAUGUAAAUAAAAUUCUGUUAUUCCACUAAA